AUGCAGCCUCUCACUCCCAGCUGCGAAUCGAGCAGCACCCUGCCUUUGCCCAACACUUGCAAAGAUGGCUUUCCCAACAACUCCUCCCAAACGCCACAGCUGCUGGUCCAUGCCAACAGCAGCUCUUCCCUGCUCCACUCUCUCAAGAGAGAUGCGCUCGCGGCCAUGGGCGAAUUUGUCGGAACUUGCGCUUUUCUUUGUCAGUCUUUGCUCCCCCCCCUUUCCCCCGCUCACGCUUGCCAGGAUUGCUGAUGAAGAAAAGCUGACAUUUCCCCAACAUCUCGCUUUCGUCAUCUUCCCCCGCCCCAUCAGUCCUGGCCCUCGGAGGAGCCAAGACUGCACUGUCUGCGCGAGAUGCACAGUCGUCAGCUGCUCCCGACAAUGCGGUGAGUUGCAUGCCUCUGCAUGGCCCCCUCCCCCCCUCUGCGUACAUCUUCACCGCCCAAUCACGUAAAUAUUGACCGACCACCGCUGGCCCACACCUUCACCACGCGCGCGAGCAGACCAUCAUGUUCAUUUCCGUCAGCUUUGGCUUGGCUCUGCUGGUCACCGUCUGGUCCUUUUACCGCGUCACUGGUUAGUUGCAUGCCCCACUGGGCUCCUGCUGCUGGACGCGAGCAAGCCGUUCUUUGUCCACAAAGGCUCGCUUUACUCACUCCAUAUGCGCAUGCGCUCUUCUUGCGCACGCUCCAGGCGGACUCUUCAAUCCCGCCGUCACCCUCGCCCUGUGGAUCUGUGGCUGCGUGGGAGCUGUGCGAGCAAUGAUGCUCGCUUUGGCACAGAUCCUUGCAGGCAUCACCGCAAGUGCGCUAGUGUCCGCUCUGACGCCUGGCGAUGUUCGUAUGGUGCAGAAUGCUCUGGGACUGGGAGUGAGCGUGGUGCAAGGUCUCUUUACCGAAGCGCUGCUUACUGCCGUACUGGUAUUUACCGUGCUCAUGCUUGCUGCCGGUGAGUUUUGAGUGCUCCGUUUGUCUCUCUCUUUCUCUCCCCAAAUCACAGCCCGACGAAUGAUCAGACCUACCCAAACCUUUUCCCCCAUUCCCAUGCUCCAUCGACUGCGAAAGAGAAACAUCGAUCGACGCAUCUAGCGCCGCUAGGUGUAGGUCUGUCCGUCUUUGUGUGCCACCUAUUCGGGAUCUCUCAGACGGGCUGCGGCAUCAAUCCAGCUAGAUCUUUUGGUCCCUCGGUCGUCUCUCGACAGUUUGAAGGGUAUCAUUGGAUCUAUUGGAUAGGACCGAUACUGGGCAGCCUUUUUGCCGCCGUCUUCUACAAGAUCUUGCACGCUGUGGAUUAUCAAGUGAGUCGGUCGUGUUCGGGCCCGCAAACAAAGCCGAUUCCGAGAAUCCUAAACUCUCGAAGCUCCAAGCUGAUCGGGUUGGUUCCCCGCUCGCUCCGAAGCUCAUUGUUGCAGGUCAAGAUGCCGAUUCGGUCGAUCCCACUACAGCACCGCCCAAAGACCUGUUCAGCAAGGUGUACAAGCAAGCUCUGCAGUGGAAUGGCAACCUCAUCUUCUACCUCGACACGAAAGCAGCAGCCGAAGCGUGCACGAAGCAGCAAGCUCUUCGCGAAGCUUCGAGCGCAGGAAUGCAAGCUCCAACUUCUGUUCAGGUGUACAAUCCCUGCGAUACGGCCCAGACCGAAGCUGUACAGUCUGGUCAAGCUGUUGUUCUCAACAUCAACGAUUAUCCUCGUUCGCUGCUAGCCGCACCCAACUUUUCGACCCUUUCGCUGGGAUUACCCUUGGCUCCCAUGACCAACGGGACGCACCGGAGCGCCGCGACGCAACGUUCCUUCUUCCAUCGUCUGGCGAAUCAAGAAGAGGUCAGAGCUCUGAUGCUUCAGCAACAGCAACAGCAACAACAACAGCAAGAUGUUGCGCUUGCUGCUACCGUCGCCACCUCCGAUGGCGCCCUUGGGAUGCAGACGGGUGCGCUCGGAACGAUGAGUGCUUGCAUGCAGGAUGUCGGAGCUAUCGCGCCUCCUGGAUCUACCCAUCGAUCUUGA